UUCUUCCAAGCGUGAGAUCACGUUCCGAAUAUAUUAGUUUGAAAAUUUCCUGUUUGGAGUUAUCAGUCGACCCAUAACCUCCAGUCGAAAUUCGACACUCCCGUUAAACUGAUUUCCAGCGUGGAAGGGAAAAUGAAAGAGUUAACGACUUUGAAAGAACUGAAUGAGCUUCUUGAAAGUAGCGGAGUCAAGUUGGUCGUAAUCGACUUUUUUGCCGAUUGGUGUGGUCCUUGCAAGAUAAUGGGGCCUAAGUUUGAGGAAUUGGCCAUGAAGUUCCCGGAUGUUGUAUUCGCCAAAGUAAACAUUGAGAGGGGAAAGGAGCCAACCAAACAUUAUAGUAUUACCUCUAUUCCACAUUUCAAGUUUUUCAAGGGAAAAAAGGAAGUGGAUAACCUCAGAGGCGCUGAUGAAACAAUUCUUACACAAAAAAUUGAAAAAUGGCAGUAAUCGUGGAGUUGAUUUAAAAAGUGAACACAUUUUUGAUUAGAGAAAAUUAUUUGUACUGAAAGAAUAUCCUGCUUGAGAUUUAUUUGUGAUCCAGCUUUUGAAUUAAUAUUGGUCGAUGCUUUAGCCUGUACAUUUUGAGUCCAUCUAUUUAUUUCAUGUAGUUGUAAAGGGUUGAUACAGUAAACUAGAUCCAUCUGCCGAAGAAAAGUUGUUUGAUUA